CAAGCCAUCAAUACUACACAUUUAAUAGACUCAAAGAGCGUCUCGAUCAUUACCUUAUGCUACCCGGAACAUGCGCUCAGCAUAAACCAAAUAUGUCUACAACCUAUCUAUUUUCUCUCGUCGGAUCCAUCCUCAUCACCCGGGCAGCCGCUCAGUUUGGCUACGAUGACCCGAAUGACAUUGAAAGUAUAAAUGCGGCUGGAGCAGCCGGGCCAUCUUCAGGGGGAGGCAUGUCGACUGGUGGAAUGAUUGCGCUCUGCGUCAUUGUUGGGGUUGUUGUGAUUAUUGGAUUCAGCUCCGCCGCUCUGUUCUACCUCGCCAAGAAGCGUCAAUGGAAAAUGCGUGAGAAGAUCCGACGUUCUGCCAGGCAUGUCGUCCAGGCUGUCAAGACACCUUUGACUCCUCGAUUCCCGAGAAGCCAACGACCACACCCUCGCGACAGGGAAAGAAUACCCAGAGAAGCUGCCAGAGCGAAGCCACAGCGACUACCAACGGACGUCGAAAAGGACGCUGUCGUCAUAAAGGACGAUGCAUCCAAGGCCCUGGGCACCAAGGCUCGCGGUUGGAGCUCCUACUUCUCCUUUAACCGCUCAUGAGUAAAUUAAUUUUGACCUCGGUUUGGAGCUCUACAGGGAUUGAGCUCGCCACUUGUGCCCCUGCGCUAGUCGUGGGAUAAAUUUCGUCUACUCGGCUUUUUUUCCUUUGGCAUUAUGAUGAAUUAAUUGCAUGUACUGAGCUAAUGUAGUCAACCCUUUUUUACGAUUGCCGCUGGUUUGGUCAGGCGUGGAAGGAUUUGUCGUAAAAUAUCAUUUGGGCUGAUGCGUGUGAGAUACUAAGGUGAUACUUUUGAAAUUUUUUUUAUUUUGUAUCUUAGAGGUAGC